UACACCAUCACCAUCGCGAAAAAUAUUUCAUGAAACUUAAUUGACGGAUUUAGAGUUGGACUCGAGUUGUCGGGAAGAUUGGUGCGAGAUGACGGACAAGCGCAAAUAUAAGAAGACCGUAAGUUUCACCCGUUGCACGGUUAUCAUAUUUUUAACUACAAAGGAAGUUACCAAACAGAAAGAGGAAAUCAGGCGGGAGAUCGCACGGGAAUUCGAUUUGCCAGAGCGCAAGUCCAAGAUAGCCACCAUUCUAAAGCAGGAAGACCAGGCGUAUUGCAUAUGCCGCUCCUCCGACUGCUCCAGGUUCAUGAUAGGCUGCGAUGGUUGCGAGGAGUGGUACCACGGAGACUGUAUAGGGAUCACCGAGAAGGAGGCUAAGCACAUCAAACAGUACUACUGCCGGCGAUGCAAAAAAGAGAAUCCCGAACUGCAGACCAUAUUCCGCCUGGUGGCCACCGAACGGGCAGCCGCAUCGAACGCCGCCUCUACAAGUCUCAAUGCCCCAGGCGUAGGUCCAUCGGGCGCUGCCCCUGCUGCUGCACCGGUGGCGCCCGCAACAACCGGCCAGCAAGCGCCGCCACUGACAACUGCGGCAGCAAAGCGCAAGAACAGCAACGCCCGAGAACCAAAGAUGGGCAAACGUUGUGGUUCCUGCGAGGGAUGCCGGCGUCCCAAUUGCAACCAGUGCGACGCGUGCCGCGUUCGCGUGGGGCACAAGCCGCGCUGUAUAUUCCGCACCUGCGUUGUCCAGGCGGCGACGGUCUUAAAGGAGUCGCAGCCGACUCAAGCAGGCCCAAGUAGGAAGCGGGAGAAGGCGGCACCCAAGACUCGCAAUGUCCAGGUGGGCCCGCGGGCGCCCAGUCCGGAGAUAUACCUCAACCCGGAGCUACAAGGCAUCCGUCAGUGCUACGGACCCAAUUGCUGCUCCCAUGCGAGGCCGCAGAGCAAGUACUGCAGCGAUAAGUGUGGCUUCAAUCUGGCCACCAAACGCAUCUUCCAGGUUCUGCCGCAACGAUUGCAAGAGUGGAAUCUUACGCCCAGCCGCGCAGCCGAGGAAACACGCAAGCAUCUUGAUAACAUUCGUCAUAAGCAGUCCCUGGUGCGUUUCGCACUUGCCGAGCUAGAGAAACGCUCCGAAGAGCUCAACAUGGUGGUGGAACGAGCCAAUCGAAGCUCUAUUGAUACAUUGGGGUCACAAGACACCGCCGACAUGGAGGACGAACAAAGCAUGUACUGCAUCACCUGUGGCCACGAGAUUCACUCGCGCACGGCCAUCAAGCACAUGGAGAAGUGCUUCAACAAAUACGAAUCGCAGGCUAGCUUCGGGAGCAUAUUCAAAACGCGAAUGGAGGGCAACAAUAUGUUUUGUGAUUUCUACAAUCCGGCAAGUAAGACUUACUGUAAGAGAUUGAGAGUAUUGUGUCCGGAGCACAGCAAGGAUCCGAAAGUGAACGAUACGGAUGUGUGCGGUUCGCCCUUGGUGAACAACGUCUUCAAUCCCACGGGCGAGUUUUGUCGUGCGCCAAAGAAGAAUUGCUUCAAGCACUACGCCUGGGAGAAGAUCCGGCGCGCUGAGAUCGAUCUGGAGCGUGUGCGUCAAUGGCUCAAGAUGGACGACCUGAUGGAGCAGGAGCGCUUGAUGCGGCAGCAGCUCACCUCGCGAGCGAACCUGCUCGGCCUGAUGCUACACUCCACCUACAACCACGAGGUGAUGGACGAGCUGGUGCGCAAGCAGCAGGAGCAUCUGGCGGAGUUCGAAAAGCAAAGGCGACGCCUGGCUCACCAGCAACAGAUACAGACACAGCAGAAACAGUACCAGGAAAAGCAGAAGCUAAUGUUGCAGCAACAACAGCAGCAGCAACAACAACAGCAGCAACAACAACAACAGCAGCAGCAACAACAGCAGCAGCAAGAACAGCAGCAGCAAAAACAGCAGGAGCAGCAGCAACUGCAAUUAAAGCCACAUCAUCUGCAGCAACUUCAACUGCAGCUGUUGCAGAAACAGCAGUUGCACCAGCAGCAGAAGAAUGCCCAAAUCCCACAGAAAACUCAAAUUAUCUACCUGCAGAAAAAGCCAUAGAUUUGUAGUCCUCUAAUCAUAGCAAAAAUUAACAAUAAACUAACAUGCAAGAAA